CCACCCGUCUCUCCUCUGAAAUUCUCUCUCUCUCUCUCUCUCUCUCUCUCUCUCUUCCAACAUACAGAGAGAGAAGAAGAUAAGAGAAAUGGAUUUCUACUCUUGCAUUGAGACUCUGAAAUCCCAACCCACCUGGAUUCUUCUCUUCUCAUCUCUUGGAAUCCUCUCACUCCUCAGAUUUUCCUUCUCCUUUCUCAAAUGGGUCUUUGUCACCUUCCUCAGACCUGCCAAAAACCUCAAGAGCUACGGCUCGUGGGCCAUCGUCACUGGCCCCACUGAUGGCAUCGGCAAGAGCUUCGCCUUCCAAUUGGCCAGGAAAGGCCUCAACCUAGUCUUGGUGGGCCGUAACCCCGAUAAGCUCAAGGAGGUCUCCAACGCCAUCCAGGCCAAGUUCAGCAAGACCCAGAUCAAGAGCGUGGUCGUUGACUUCUCCGGUGAUCUCACGGACGGGAUUCAACGGAUCAAGGAUGCAAUUGAGGGGCUGGAUGUUGGCAUCUUGAUAAACAACGUCGGCGUCUCGUACCCGUAUGCCAGGUUCUUCCAUGAGGUCGAUGAAGAUCUGUUGAAGAAUCUGAUAAAGGUCAAUGUGGAGGGGACAACGAAAGUGACGCAGGCGGUGUUGCCUGGGAUGCUGAGGAAGAAGAAGGGCGCGAUCGUCAAUAUUGGGUCUGGUGCCGCCAUUGUUAUACCGUCCGAUCCUCUGUAUGCUGUGUAUGCUGCCACGAAAGCCUACAUCGAUCAAUUCUCAAGAUGCCUCUAUGUUGAGUACAAGAAAAGUGGGAUUGAUGUGCAAUGUCAGGUUCCAUUGUAUGUGGCAACAAAGAUGGCAUCGAUCAGGCGAUCAUCCUUCCUCGUGCCAUCAACAGAUGCUUAUGCUCGGGCUGCCCUCCGCUGGGUAGGCUAUGAACCACGAUGCACACCAUACUGGCCACAUUCCGUAAUGUGGUGCUUGGCUUGCCAGUUGCCGGAGGCUGCGAUCGAUGCGUGGCGGCUGGGGUUCUGCCUUGGUAUUAGGAAGAGGGGACAACUGAAGGACUCCAGGAAGAAAGAGUAGAAAUCAGGUUGCUCUCCUCUUUUUUGGGUGUUUGGCAAAAUUUCAAAGAUGAUCUUAACUUUCAAACCUCUAGAUUUUUAAUGCACCUGUUGUUUCUCAUUUAUGGAUUUUUCUAUUUCUCUA